ACGUAUUUCGAAUAUAUAUUCAACGAGAAUUUUGUGCUCCUUCACUUUUAUUCCUUGGUGACAAUAUUCGUCGACAAAGCAAAAAAUCUGCGUUCAAGCCAUAAAUUUACAAAACAGGCGACAAUGUGUCGCAUAUACUGUGUCCGUUGAGAGUCUCAACUUGAGACAGCGAUAUUCGAACAUAAACUGCUAUGUUUGUGGUUGUUUCUCUGAUAAAAUAAUGAUGCUGCAAACGCAAUUUCCAAGGAUUGAAAUAAAGAGCCGAUUCAGUUUCUAAAGCGACUCGAGACGAUCAACACGUUAUUCGAUCACAAGAAGUAUUCAAAUCAACAACACACACACAAGAAUCAACUGUCAAUAUUCUUACACGAGAAAUCUGUAUAAUUCAGUGUAUUUUUACAUAAUAAUUCUACAGGAACUGUAUAUGUAGAUGUACUAAAUUAUACAGUUUUCUUAUAAACGUCGAUUUUAUUCAAGUCCUUUGAUAAAUAAUUUCAAUGUGUGAAGUUAAUUAUUAAUUAAGUAUCUUGAAUGUUUCUGAAAAAAUAAAAAAAACUUCAUUUGAUAAUAGCAUUUGUUAACUUCGUCCGUUUUAAACAUGUCUUCAAUGGGAGGGAAUUUCGACAGUUUGUUAGAGGAAUAUUUUAAUAUUCCAGCAUUAUUUGAAUAUCUGAUCUGCAUUGAUUUUGAAGCAACGUGUGAGGAUGAGGACAUUAAUCUUCAGAUAAGUGAACAGAAACAAGAAAUAAUCGAAUUCGGCGCUGUGUUGGUCAACCUUCGUAGCGGUGCAGUUGAAGCCGAAUUUCAUGAAUAUGUUCGGCCAACACAUCAUCCGAUUCUCUCCGCAUACUGUACGAAUUUGACUGGAAUCAGUCAGGCGUUGAUAAAUCUCCAGCAACCAUUUCCGGUUGUUUAUCGAAAGUUCGAUAAUUGGUUGACUGGAAUCCGCACUGCAAAGCAAUUAAGAUUUGUAACACCAACUAUGCGAACUGGAAGUGAUGGCAACACAGCAUUUUGCUCGUGGACAAACUGGGAUUUGGGAAAUUAUUUCAAAUGGGACUGUGCGCGGCAUGGAAUACGGCGGCCAGAUUACUUAAGAGUAUGGAUCGAUGGUCGAAAGAUUUUCAAGUGGAAAUUUAAUUGUCAACAAAUCAAUUUUGAGCAAGCUUUGAACUGUUUGAAUAUCGUUCGAUCCGGUAAUGCACACUCGGCAAUUGAUGACGCAAAAUCGUUGGCAAUGUUGAUGAUUCGCUUAUUCCGAGAUUAUCAUACGCCGAUUUGCAAAGCAACGACCUACCAUUUAACUGAUUGAGCGAAGUGUUGAUAACAUGAUGAAAACAAUGAAUCAAAUGCAACUUUAAAAGAAAUAUUAUAAAUUAAGAUUAUUAUUUUAAAACAAUAUUUAGUUGUCAAAAUAAUUAAAAAAAUAUCCAUAAACCAUUUUGUAUCAGUUUAAAAGAAUUUCGAUUAAA